AUGAGCAGUCCCAUCAGUUCAACACCACCACAAUCCUCAACAUCCAAAGCGCGUUCGGCCGGCAAGGUCGUCGCGGCCUUUGACACAGCCGAGGGAGUUGGAGCGAAGGUCCUGCGCUCGAUUGGCACUCCGGCGCUGUGGAAUCUCUCCCCGUUCCUCAUCCUCGACCACGCGCGUGUGGGCCAAGGCGCCGGCUUCCCCGACCACCCUCACCGCGGCAUGGCGACCGUGACCUACGUGCUCGAAGGCAUGAUGCAGCACGAAGAUUUCAUGGGCAACUACGGCCGCCUGUCGCAGGGCGACGUGCAGUGGAUGACGGCGGGGCGCGGGGUCGUGCACGCCGAGAUGCCGCUUGUGGACCCCGAGCAUCCGAUGGAUGCCGUUGCGCUGCAGCUGUGGCUCGACUUGCCCGCGGCCAAGAAGAUGGUCAAACCGUCGUAUAAGGAGAAAAAGGCGGAGUCGCUCGCGCGUGCGACCUUCGAGGGUGGCAGCGUCGUCGUUGUGAGCGGCGAGAGUCACGGCGCGGUCGGGCCUAUCCGUCCGAUCGCGGGAUGCUGGUUCCUCGACUACAGGCUCGACGCGGGCGGGCAAGCAUGGCAGCCCAUUCCUGCGGGGUGGACGGCGUUCGUGUAUGUCCUUGACGGCGUCGUCGCCGUCGGUGGCACGGCCGGUGGAGAUGAGACGGGAUCGAAGGAGGUCGGCUCGCAGCACGUUUGCGUCCUCUCCGCAUCGGCGGGGGAGGAGGGUGUGUGCUUGCGUUCGCGCUCCAAGAAGGGGUCUCGCUUCGUCCUUGUCGCCGGGGAACCGCUGGACCAGCCCAUGGUCCUCCAGGGUCCUUUCGUCUCGACAAGCCGUGACGGCGCGGCGCAGGCGCUGCGCGACUACCAGAAUGGACGGAAUGGGUUCGAAAAGGCGCUUGGAUGGCGCAGUGAUAUUGGCAAGGAUGUCGGCAUGGUGCGCCGCAAACCGCGUCGCAAGGGGGAGGAGGACUGGGAGGAGCGAGACCCGCGCGAGAAGAGCCGCCGAGGCGACCGCCGCGAAGCGAAGUAUGAGGGAGAAGCGGGAGAGCCUGCCGGCGCAGACGCCAAGGCGAAGGGUGGUGGUGGGGGCCGAGGCGGGGGACGCAGUCAAAGAAGGCAGAAGCUAAGAUAG